UGAGAGGGAGAGAGGGGGACUGUGGGUAAAGAUGGCAGCUUCCUGUGUGUGUGUUGAUCUGCUGUAGCUGUGGUUGUGAGGAGGUCGGCGGAUCUAAAUGCUGGUUUGAUCGCUGGAUUAGUCGCUGGUUCCCUGCAGGACUCGGUGAUUCUCCUUUUUGAUGGACCCGGGCUCUAACGGGGAGUCGCCGGGCUCCAGGCAGCCCAGCCUGGACUCACUCUGCAGCUCCUCCACAUCUCGGUCAGAUCGGUCCUUUCAGACCAAAGGCCCAUCAAUCUCUUCAGAGCAAAACUCCAACAGUGAUCUUUCACCCCAGCUACGGGUGAAGGGAAAGCCUGCAAAGACAUUCAGAGACUCAGGGAAGGAUGAUGUUGAGCUCUUGCCAAAGGAGGUGGUGCAGGACGUGGGCAAAGAUGUGACAUACAUCUGUCCAUUUCUUGGAGCUCUGCGGGGAACACUUACUGUUACCAACUACAGACUGCUCUUCAGAGGAAUUAACAGGGAGCCUGGCGUUGUGCUGGAUUUGCCACUAGGAGUGAUCAGCAGAGUGGAUAAGAUUGGCGGCGCGUCCAGUCGAGGAGAUGUCUCCUACCACCUCUUCUGCAAAGAUAUGAGGAAUUUGCGGUUUGUGCAUAAGCAGCCGGAUGAUUCAUUAAAGAAAUCUGUUUUCGAGGUGCUAACCAAAUUCGCCUUCCCUGUCUCCAACAAUCUGUCUCUCUUUGCAUUUGAGUAUAAUCAGGUGUUUCCUGAGAACGGGUGGAAGGUGUAUGAUCCUCUAGCUGAAUACAGGAGACAGGGUUUGCCCAAUGAAAGCUGGAGGAUAUCUAAAGUAAACGAUCAUUAUGAGCUGUGUGAUUCGUAUCCCGCUGCUCUGGUUGUUCCUGUGACUAUCACUGAUGACGAACUGCGCAGAGUUGCUGCCUUCAGGGCCAAAGGCCGCAUUCCGGUGCUGUCGUGGCUCCACCCAGAGAGCCAGGCGGCGGUGGUAAGGUGCAGUCAGCCGAUGAGCGGUGUUAGUGGUAAACGCUGUAAAGAGGACGAGAAGCUGCUACAGGCCAUCAUGGACGCUAAUGCUCAGUCACAUAAAAUUUUCAUCUUUGACGCCAGACCCAGUGUCAAUGCUGCUGCAAAUAAGAUGAAGGGUGGUGGGUGUGAAAGUGAAGAUGCCUAUCAGAACGCUGAGUUAGUGUUUCUGGACAUUCAUAACAUCCAUGUGAUGCGCGAGUCGCUGCGGAAACUGAAGGAGGUGGUUUACCCCAACAUCGAGGAAUCACACUGGCUGUCAAACCUGGAGUCCACUCAUUGGCUGGAACACAUCAAGCUGAUCCUGGCCGGUGCAUUAAGGAUAGCGGAUAAAGUGGAGUCUGGUAAGACGUCUGUUGUAGUCCACUGCAGCGAUGGAUGGGACAGAACAGCCCAGUUGACCUCACUCAGCCUCAUCAUGCUGGACUCACACUACAGAACCGUCACAGGCUUUCAGAAACUGAUUGAGAAAGAGUGGAUCAGCUUUGGACACCGUUUCCAGCAGAGAGUCGGCCACGGUGAUCAGAAUCACACGGAUGCGGAUCGCUCGCCCAUCUUCCUGCAGUUCAUCGACUGUGUGUGGCAGAUGACACAGCAGUUUCCUGCAGCGUUCGAGUUUAAUGAGUACUUCCUCAUCACACUGCUGGAUCAGCUCUACAGCUGUUUAUUCGGGACCUUCCUGUGUAACAGUGAACAGCAGAGAGUCAAAGAAGAGCUGGUGAAGCGGACCGUAUCAGUCUGGUCUUUGGUGAACAGUCAGCUGGAGGAGUUUGUUAACCCCUUGUACGUUCAUUACCCAGCCCACGUCCUGCUACCCUCUGUCUCCAUCAGACACCUGCAGCUGUGGGUUUCAUACUACAUUCGCUGGAACCCUCGCAUGAGGCCACAGGAACCAGUGCACCAGCGGUAUAAAGAACUGUUAGCCAAAAGGGCGGAGCUUCAGAAGAGGGUGGAGGAGCUUCAGCGCGAAGUAGCCAAUCGAGCCUCAACAUCCUCUGAGAGGGCGGGGUCACCCACACGCUCUAUCACACCUGUACAAACCUUUGUCUGAUUGGCUAUGCAAACACUGAAUCUCAGCAAAGACAACACGAUUGUGCACAAAUCACCCUUUCUCUCUCUCUCUCUCUCUCUCUCUCUCUCUCUCUCUCUCUCUCUCUCUCUCUCUCUCUCUCUCUCUAUCUAUCUAUCUAUCUAUCUAUCUAUCUAUCUCUUUCCCCGUCUGUGUAUCACUACUCUAACCCUGCUCUCAGACCAGCUAUAGAGAACUCUCUGUAACUGUACCAUUACUGAUUUAGAGUAAGCUUUAAUCUGUAACGCUGGGUUAAUAUACACUAUAGCGCAUUAUUACAACUCUAGUCUUGCAUUAAUACUCUUAAUAGGACUUUUAUGUCCAGUAAUGUCUGUUUAAACUAAAUGUAUUUGUCUCAGUCUGUAGGGAAACACUUGCAGACAGCGCUGAGAGUAAACACACGACCAAACCAGUUCAUAUGAAUGUGUUAGAUUUGCAUAUUUAAAUGAGCAGUGUGUGUUAGGGAAUACUAACAUGACUAAAUAUUUAUGUGGAAGCUUAACAGCAAAGUUAUUAAGAUUUGAGCAUUCCUACAUGUUAACAAGGAGAAUAUUUACAUACUUGAAGCCAGUCAUAGGGCAGAAUAAUAACGUUGUAAUUAUCUGAGCAUUCUCAUUGUAAUAUUUCUGAUAUGUUCUCUGCUUCUGAUAAGCACUUAGUAACUGUUACACAAAGCCAGCAGCCCUGAUCCAAAGAGAAGUGUGUGCGCGUGCAUGCGUGCUUGUGUGUUUUUGAUUCUUGCUGGGAUAAUGCUGUCCAGCUUGAGUAAUUAUGCUAUGCAUCAUGGGUAAUGUAGUUUUGCAGUAGUGUUUGGUUUCAGAACCUAAAAGAGAUCAGCACAGCGCCCCUCGCUGGGGACAGAAGUAACUACAUGCAGACAUUCUAGUGCAGCGCAUUUAAAACUGUAAACACUGCAGGUAUGAAGGGCUUUUCAGACACACUAACGGUAUUAUGAUUUAACACUGAUGUCUUAUUAACAUUCCUACUUAGCUUGAAUAAACAUUCAUAUUUGUUCAAAA